CGGCGGCGGCGGAACGCGAUAAGCUGGUCGGCGUUCGCAGGCGGCGUCUCGCUCUCCGGCGCUGCCGUUUGUCCGCGGCCUGCUGCAGCUUGCACUUAGCUGGUCCGACCAAACUCCUCACAAGCCACCAUGCUGCGUUUGCUGCUGCUCUGCGCGUGCUUGGGAGCCCUGGAGGCCGCCGCCGUUGAGGUCCACGAAACCAGCAAGAGCACCGGCGGCAACUCCUCUCCAAUCAGUCUGCUGCUCGAGAACUCCAAGGCCAACGGAAUUCAGAUGUUCAUAGGGAACGUCGCCGUAGGGACGCCUCCCCAGGUCAUGUCGGCAGUCUUCGACACACAACACGCCCUCAGUUAUUUCCCGUCCAUCAAAUGCGAAGAUCCGGGAUGCAAGAUGCGCAAGCGGUAUGACUCAUCGAUAUCAUCUACCUACAAGGAGGACGGCACACCGUUCACCCUACCCGGCCAGAACAUCAGCGGAUUCCUGUCCACGGACUCGCUGCACGUAGCCGGUAACACCGUCGCCUCCCAGACGUUCGGCGAGGGGACCUCCGACAACAACACCUUUGACCAGAUGACACGGAAUGACGGCACGCUUGGCCUCGGCUUCGGUAACGACACCCUGCUGACGAUGGUGAACCAGGGCCUCAUCCCGGAGCAGGUGUUCGGGCUCUGGCUGGGCCGCGACCCGCAGGGCGGCGAGCUCAGCCUCGGCGCCGUCAACAAGGACCUGUACAGCGGCGAGAUGACCUGGGCCAACAUUGUGAAUUCCGCUGCCUCCUGGACGGUGAUGGCGGAUAGCAUCGCGCUCGACGGCCACCCGGAGGCGGCGCUCUGCCCGGACGGCUGCAGCGUCAUCAUGGCCUCCACCACGCCCUACUUCAUGGUGUCCCUUGAGCGAGCGAAGGCGAUCAGCGACAUCCUGGGCGGCAACAGCGGUUGCCAAACACGCCCGGCUUCUACUUCUUGGACUGCGCACACGCUGAGCGGCCUGCCCACCAUGCAGAUAAAGAUCGGAGGGCGCAUGAUGGAGAUGACGCCGCAGCAGUACACGUUCGUCCUGACUUUUGGCGGCCAGCAGCUAUGCGCCUCCGGCUUCUUCGGCCUUCCGGCGCUUACUGACCAGUGGCUCUUCGGCACCCUCUUUAUGCAGCAGUUCUACACGGCCUACGACGUGGAGAAUGGGCGUGUUGGAUUUGCUGAUAGUGUCUAA